AUGUAUCGCAGGCAGUCUGUCCUGUCGCACCGACCCAAGACCUCUUCCGACGUUGACGACGACACCACGCACACCACCGCCGUUCCGCCGCCGCACACGAUGAAGCGGACCAUCUCGCAGACAUUCCCUACCCACUACCAGCAGGACAUCAAGGACACCAACAUGUUGGACGCCGUCAAUGAAGCCACCAUGGCCGCCGACGGCCUCUCGCAGCAUUCACAGGCCAGCUCCUUCUCCCGCGCGUUUGGUGCAGUCGCCGGUAGUUUUACUCGCCAGAAGACGCGCCGGCGCAUGUCGUCCGUGUCUUCAGCAACACCCGCACAGCGUCGCCGGGGUUCCAUACAUUCUUUAUUCGAGUCUCUGCCCUCUGCCAGCGCUAGCCACAAGUCGACCAUGGAACCACAGCAACCACAACAACGGAUGCCCCUGCAACACCAAGACUCUGGCAUUCCCACUUUCCAGUUGCAGCCACAAAGCACGAGCUCAAAGGCCUUCGCUCCCUUCAAGCGACUGAGUAGCAUGCGCCGUCGCCCCACAGCUUCCGGCCCAUCCACAGACGUUACCAAGGCUCUUUUUUCAUCUCCGCCCAUCUCCUACCCCAGCCAAUCCGUGCCCGGCGCCGCCGCCCGACAAGCAGCUGCCGCCGCCAACCAGGACCGCCAGAACCAAAUACGGCGCGAGCAAGAACACACCCACCGCUUCCUCAAUGGCCUCAUCACCACCUCGAUGCGUGAUGACGACAUCAAGGAUAACGAGAGCGGUGUGGACAUGACAUGUGCUUCCCCCAUUGUCCGCGCCGAUAGUGUUACCGAAAAGAAGAUGAUCGAUCCUUUCCAGCGUCUGCCUGCCGAGCUUGCUACCACUGUGCUUUCAAACCUCGAUGCCGCGUCCCUUGUACGUGCCGAGCGCGUCUCUCGCAGCUGGAACGAACACGCAUCGUCGCCGCACGUAUGGCGAAACGUUUUCCUGCGCAAACACGAACCCGAAGUACACGUCUCCCCUGCGCCGAUACAGAUGGGCGGCUUGGGUACUGGCAAGAUGGCGGGUGGCAACCCAGCGCCUGCCCAAGACUGGAAACAGAUGUUCAGAGCGAGAAGCACAAUCGACAGCCGAUGGAAGGCCGGAACACCUGCUGCCAUCUACCUCAACGGCCACACAGACAGCGUCUACUGCUGCCAAUUCGACGAGAACAAGGCCAUUACCGGCUCGCGUGACCGAACUAUUCGUGUGUGGGAUCUGAAAACCUACAAGUGCAUCAGAGUAUACGGCGGUCCCAACCACCGUCCAACCGCCAAUACACCGCCACCUAUGGAGGAGCGACCUGAACGCGUCAUCAGCCACGCCUCGCUCAAUGGCACCAAGACUGGCAAUGAAAUAUACACUGUUCCCGCCGAUUACCACGAUGCCUCUAUUUUGUGUUUACAGUACGACAGCGAAAUCAUGGUGACGGGAUCUUCAGACUACACCUGCAUCGUUUGGGACAUUACUGGCGAAGAAUACGUUCCCAUGUACCGGCUCCGUGGCCAUGAGGCUGGUGUACUAGACGUCUGCCUUGAUGACAAGUACAUUAUUUCCUGCUCCAAGGACGCCAUGAUCAAGGUCUGGGACCGUAAGACAGGCAACUGCGUUCGCACACUCAAGGGUCAUCGAGGACCUGUCAAUGCCGUUCAGCUACGUGGCAACUUUCUUGUUUCUGCUAGUGGCGACGGUGUAGCGAAGUUGUGGAAUCUUGAAACGGGUGUUUCCAUUAAGGAUUUUCCCUCUGAAGAUCGUGGCCUUGCAGCUGUUGAAUUCUCUGAUGAUGCCAAGUACGUUCUCGCUGGAGGCAACGACCACGUCGUUUACAAGUUCGAUGCCUCCACUGGCGAGUUAGUCCACAGCCGGGUCAAGCAUGACGGCCUUGUACGAUCUCUUUUCCUCGACGCUUUCAACGGUCGCAUCGUUUCUGGUUCGUACGAUCAGAGUAUACAAGUUUCCGACUACGAGACUGGACAAACAUACGCUGUGUACAAGAAUUGGACCACGAGCUGGAUUCUCUCGGCCAAGAGCGAUUACAGACGCGUUGUCGCCACGAGUCAGGAUGGUAGGACCUUGAUCUUGGACUUUGGCCAUAACGUACCGGGAUCUGAAUUGCUCGCUGGGUCGAAGUAA